AUGAGCAGAGAAAAUGGCACCGGACAGCCGUUUCGGGUUUUCUUUACGAUUAAAAAAUGCUUGAUUGAUGGAAUAAAAAGUCGAAUAUUCACUAACACCGACCAUUUAUUAAGCAUGGGUGUCCUGACUCUCAAAAUAGCCGACAAUGUUUUUCUGAAUGCCGGUGACCUUGGCCUUGGAACCAGUCGAUGUUCUAACAGACAUUUGUUGAAGUCAGAAGAUCGACUUAAUGCUUCAACCCCACUCUCUUCUUCAACAACAUCGUCACCAUCAUUACUAUCGUCAUUUAUGCCCUUGAAUAAAUCUUCACCAGAUAUUGAUAGUGAUGUACUACAUGAUGUUAAGCGCCCAAAAAUGAUUGAUUCAAAUGGUUCCGCUAAUACUCCAUUAGAAAAUUUAAUUCAAACCAAGUUGGAUGAACACCACAACAUGCUUCAGAAGUCCACAUCGCUUGGCAAUGUAAAUGUUAGUAAUAACAACAGUAACAUCAUUAUAGAACCAGCCACUACAACUGCCAUUGACAACAACAUUAACAACAUUGUCACCCAAAACACUGGCACCAAUCCUGGGUUCCAGCAACAAAAAGAUAGCAUGGAUGUUUCAACAUCGGUUCUAUCCAUUCAAUGUCCUUCUCGCAAGGAAGAUGGUAUGUUCAUGCCUGAACGAGCAGAGUUUCAUCAUGCUUCUGAUCUGUCUAGGGUCAAAUACAAUGCCAGCAACAAUUUUAUUCACAACAGCAACAACAAUAACUUAAUCUCACACCACACAAAUAACUUUCAUGCUAGUAGCAAAAAUUUGAACUGCUAUAAUGAACAAAACAUGAUGAUGCCACCUAAAAUUCGACAACCCAAAAGAAGAAAAUCUCAAAAUGAUUACGUGCUACUAAAACAACAACAGCAGCAACAAGCAACAUUACAACAAUCCACACUGCAGCAACAACAUUUAUACAAUUUUACAUCGCCAUCCCCACAGCAACAGUUAUUGCACCGACAGCAUUACAGAAUGAUAAACAACAGCAGCAACAACACUUUCAAUAACCAGCAGGCCUACGUAGGCAAGCACUCUCCCACUAAAUCAUCAGGCAACACCUACAAGACAUUUCAACAUCAACAAUACCACAACAGCAGUCCGUAUAUGUCUCAGGGGGUCCGACAGCACAUGUAUCCGUACCAGCUCACCAGCAACAACACUAUUCCCAACCAUUUUAGGAACAGCAUGAAGCACGAGGAAGCUUACUAUAAUCAGGAGUUCAUAGAACAUCCAUACCACCACCAAAAUCAACUUCAGUUCCGUCAACACCAUCACCAUCUUCAACCCCCUAACCUCGAACACCCUGCUCGGUUUGGCCAUCCUUAUGCCAUGGAUGGUGCAUUCAUUCAUGCACACAUGCACUCUCCAACACAGCAACACCAACAACAAUUUCAGCAACAACUACACCAGGAGCAGCAAAUGUGUUUUGCUGCAAAAAAUGAAAGUUUUUAUAACCACAGAGAGGUCGUAGAGGAAGAGUUCAUCAUCAAAUCUCUUGACCACCAUCAACACCAUUAUCAUCAUCAGCAGCAACAGCAUCAGCAACAUUUACAUCAACAACCACAACACCUUUCCAAUUACCAACUUGAUCUACCAAUCACUGAACUGCCAGCUAAGCUCAAUGAAAUGAACACUCUAUCAUCUUCAACUUCGACUGCAUUAGAAACGUCAUCAACUUCAUCAUCAUCUUUAUUCUCAACAUCAACAACGACAUCUACUGAUAAUUCAUCAUUGUUGUCAUCAUCAACAACAGCAACAACAACAUUGUCAACAACAACAGCCACACUAGACAACAAUGUUGAUUGCAUAGAAAGGUUCAUAAAUUCCAAUGAAGACCUUGACCUUUCCGAUUGCCUGGAUGACCUUGACGACCUUCUGGACUUUGAUGUGGACCUCCCCGAAGACUUCUGCCCUCAACUUGCAGAUUGUUGUGACAACAACAUCACUGGUGAUGAUGUGAUUAAUGAUGACGUCAUGGCUGAUGACAACAACAACAAUGUCAUUAGUGAUCACAACAACAAUGUUCUCAUCUACAAUUCAAAUGACAAUGAAAGAAGUUCAACUGCCAUCAAUAACAUCAACAACAACAACAAAGAUAACAGCAAUAACAGCACUGUUGACAAAAAUUUGGUUAGUAAUAAGGAUGAUAGAUCAAACUGUGCUAAGAAUAAUCACCACCAUGCCUACAACAUCAGCGACAGCAGUGAUCAGAUUAAUAAACACACUAACAUCAACAACAACAACAAAAACACUAAUACUAACGAAAACAAUUCUACCAACGACAAAAAUACCAACGACAACAACAACACUUCAUAUAGAGGCAAUAGUUCAGCUAACAACAACAGCAUCAACACUAGAACUACAACAUCGUCAUUUUCAUAUUUCAUAGCAUCACCGCCCUCUACAGCUUCAGCAACUGGAACAACAAUUACUAAUGAUGACAAAAUUAUCUAUACUUAUAGUAAUAAUGACCUUAGAAACAUUAACAAGAAUGUUUCUGGCAACCUUAGAAAUCCCUGCAACACUACUACUACUACUAAUAACCUUAACAGCAUUAAUGCUGACAUUAAAAUCAAUAACACAAGAACAAACAUCAACAACAUUAAUUAUAACAACAGCAGCAGCAGCUUUCCUAACAACAAAAUCACCAACAGCAAUGCCAAUUUAUCCAAUAGGAGCAGAAAGUUUUCAAAAUUGGGACACCAAAACAGUAGCAGUUGCAACACCACCAACAACAUCAACAGUGAUAAAACCAACAACAAGCUGACAAAAUCACAUCCUGUUCCAAAACAAUUUGAUGCCAUUAAAAUUUUUUCAAAUGACAGUAUCAACGCCAGCAACAACAGCGUUAAGAACAAUAACAUCAACAAAAAUUACAACAGAACCUUCAGCCAUCCAGCAAAUCAGAGCAACAUGCACACGGAUUACAACAACGAAAGAGGAGGAAGAGCAAAAAGAAGACUCUCCUCCCCAUCUCCUGACAUCAAUGAUGACGUCAUUCUCAUCAAAAACGACAGCAACAAUGUUUUUAGUGUUAGAAACAGCAGCAGCAGUAACAUUAACAACAUCAAUAACAAUGUCUACAGUUCUAGAUUAAAAUCCAAUAGGUUUUUAAACAAAGUUUUUCAAUCUGCCACUAAUUUUGCUUACAGCAAUGAUAAUAACAUCAACAAAGGCAGCUAUGACAACAUCAGCAACUCUGGCAGCAGUAGUAAUACUAACAGCAAAUUGUUGCUAACAUCUGAGGUACCUUUUUCUUCUUCUUCUUCAUCUUCAACCAAUCCUAAAAGUAGUUUAAAGAAAGUUGAAAAGAUUAAAACUUGCGUCAACAACAACAACAGCAGCAGCAGCAGUUGUAUUAGCAAUGAUGGUGUUAUUAUCAACAGCAACAACAACAAUAACAAAAAUAACAAUUUCAACAAGAAUUUUGUUUCUAGGACUUCGUGGACUAACCCAAAAGUAAGCCUAAUGAGACUUGAUGAAAAUUCAAACAACAACAACAGCAGCAAUAACCACACUAUAAAUACACAUGCGGUUAAUUGUAACAGCAAUAACAGAUAUAACAACAACAACAACAAUAAUAAUAAUAAUAAUAAAUAUGAUUCUCCACCAAUCACUAUGAGGCCUAAAAGGAGAAAGGUUAACAUAAUAGAAGAUGAUGAUGAUGAGUAUCGAGUUGGUGACGUCACUGAUGACGUCAAGUCCUUGAGACGUAAUGACGAUGAUGAUGGUGAUGAUAACAAUGAUAAUGUGAAUGAUGACGAUGACGAUAUUAUUAUGACUGCAACAACGUUUCCAAGUCACACUUCGAAACGAAAACAGCAGCAGCAGUCCCAGUUUGAAUCAACGUCAUCUCUGCUGUUAGAAUGCAGCAAUGACGAUGACGACGAUGACGUCAUCAUUGGAACGGCUGGUGACGAUGACAACAACGACGAUGAUGACGUUGAUUUCAUCGAGCAGGACAACGGUAGUAAACAUGAGACUGAUGAUUAUGACGAUGAUGACGUAACUAUGCCGAGUCAUGCUACCAACCCGAUGAAGAAGUUUCAAAACUCAAAGGCGUACAAAUCAACAAAACCAGCAACGAAAACCUCACAACAAAAGCGACAAAAAACGACAACAGCAACGACGACGACAACUACAAAAUCGCCGACGACAUUAAUUUCACCAGCCAAGCAAUUGCAACAGUCAUCAUCUUCACCACCACUGUCUUCAUCACCGUCACUGCCCGAUGAUGACGCUUGCAGUGGCAAAACGCCGUCAUCCUCAUCGUCGUCGUCAUCAGGGAUUCAGAUUUCCUCCCCGAACUGGACUUCGGAUGCCAGCGGACCCCAGGGACUCGAAUACUUCAUGCCGCGAACGAAUGCUGUCGUCUUGUCAACACAAUCUACUGCUCAAGUUUUAUAUGUUGGUCUUAUUUCUUUCCCAUAUUUUUCUCUUUCUUCAAAUUUCUUGAGGAAGUGCAUUUUUAAAAGUUUAGAAUGA